AUGAUUGUCCAAUCUGCGAGGCCUUUUGGUCAAAGAUCAGUUCUUAAGUUUGCUCAGUACACUAGUGAUCAUGCCAUUGCUGGAAGGUUUCAUUAUGUUGGAGGAGCUGAAUUAGCCCUUGGUGGUGUGCCCGGGAACCCUGGAAUUCUCGGAAUUGGAAACUGGAAUGCUGGAGUGCUUGGUGAUGAUCCUCCUGAAGGUGGACUAGGAAAUGGAAAAUGUGGGGGCCAUUGGAAAGAAGGUGAUCCUCCGGGAGGACUUGGUGAUGACCCUCCGGAAGGUGGGCUUGGGAAUGGAAAGCGUGGCCAAUGGAAGGAAGGUGAACCUCCAGCAGCAGGGGGGCUUGGUGAUGUGUCUCCAGAAGGUGGACUUGGAAAUGGAAAGUGUGGUGGCCAAUGGAAAGCAGGUGGGCUUGGUGAUGAGCCUCCAGAAGGUGGGCUUGGCGAUGAGCCUCCAGAAGGUGGGCUUGGAAACGGAAAAUGUGGUGGCCAAUGGAAAGCAGGUGGGCUUGGUGAUGAGCCUCCAGAAGGUGGGCUUGGCGAUGAGCCUCCAGAAGGUGGGCUUGGAAACGGAAAGUGUGGUGGCCAAUGGAAAGCAGGUGGGCUUGGUGAUGAGCCUCCAGAAGGUGGGCUUGGCGAUGACCCUCCGGAAGGUGGGCUUGGGAAUGGAAAGCGUGGCCAAUGGAAGGAAGGUGAACCUCCAGCAGCAGGGGGGCUUGGUGAUGAGCCUCCAGAAGGUGGACUUGGAAACGGAAAGUGUGGCGGCCAUUGGAAAGCUGGUGGGCUUGGUGAUGAGCCUCCUGAAGGUGGGCUUGGGUGUGGAAAGUGUGGCGGCCAUUGGAAAGCUGGUGGGCUUGGCGAUGAGCCUCCAGAAGGUGGGCUUGGCGAUGAGCCUCCAGAAGGUGGGCUUGGGUGUGGAAAGUGUGGAGGCCACUGGAAAGCUGGUGGGCUUGGCGAUGAGCCUCCAGAAGGUGGGCUUGGGUGUGGAAAGUGUGGCGGCCAUUGGAAAGCUGGUGGGCUUGGCGACGAACCAUCAGAAGGUGGGCUUGGGUGUGGAAAGUGUGGCGGCCAUUGGAAAGCAGGUGGACUUGGUGAUGAUCCUCCAGAUGGUGGGCUUGGAAAGUGUGGUGGCCAUUGGAAAGUAGGUGGGCUUGGAGAAGAGCCUCCAGAAGGAGGACUUGGACUUGGAAAAAAGGGAUGUGGCCAUGAUGGGAAUGAUGGUGGACUUGGUGAUGAUCCUCCUGGAGAACCAAUCCCAGGAAAAUUAGGCCAUCUAAUUCCUAGAAUGGGAUUUACCCAUGAUAAACAUAGCAAAAAAGCUACAAACAUUGAUAAUAUCUUCAUUUUGCUUUUGUUUUUGUUUUUUACUAACUAUGAAAAGUGA